CAAUCACCAUCAUCACCAACGGCAACGAGAGCGAGCCGUUCCUACAGACGUUGAGAGGACCAUUUAAACUUGCUCCUUCUGCCAUACGUCUCCUUUCCUCUUCCUUUACAUCGCAACCACCAUGACCGAAGGCAGCGCCUUCGCUGCCGUCGGCAAACAACUGCGGGGUUUGGCGCGCGAGAUCGAGGAGUACCUGGCAGACGUACCCGAGGGAGAUCGUUACUUUCCGCCUGUCAUUGAUUGGCAUCACCCGGACGAAUAUGCUCAGUUGAGCGUUCUGGGACUGAGUAAAUUCCUGCACCAUGUUCACAAGGAGAGCGCCAUCGUUGAUGCACUUCUCGGCUCCUCGAACCCGCCUGUGGAUUACUCGACCAAUCUCGUAUCGUUGCAGGGCGUGUGGGACGCGUUCAAGCGUGCGCCCCGCCCACUUGUCGGUGUGUGGCAGACUAUGGAUCGCGGCUGUGGGCCCGGGUCUGUCAAGGUCGAUGUCGUGGCUGCCGGUGGCGAUGAGUGGAUCAAAGUGAACACAAUGAAGCACUCGCGACUGCUGGUCGAAUUUCGAGAACAUGAUUCAUAUAUCAACUCAGAUUACGAUUCGGAUUCGGAGGGCGAGAACGGGUCCUCACCGGGUGCCGAGCUCACCAACUCGCUCAUCACACAGGCUCGCGCCAUAGUUGAUGCCGCACAGCAUCACACUCGCCUACCUGGCCUCGCACAGCCACGAAUACGUUACGUCCUAACCCGCCUCGAGGAGGAGCCUGUGGGCGGCCACCCAGAUCCCAGGAUACCGAAGACAUUUGCAGCGCUUCGUGACCUCGGCAUAGAGCUAGAGUUUGCCGCCCAGUGGGGCGCACCUCCUCCAGCUGGUACGCGUCCCAGCGACGCUGUACCUGCGGCCGACAUCGUGCUCGACCUCAGCGUGCUCAUUGCUCUUUGCUGCGACUCCACACAUUAUCCCCUUCCAAAGGAUGAGGACGAGCUUGAGGCACGCUUCCGGCUGCUGCGCGUAGACCAGGAAACGCCUACGAGCAAAGAGAGACUCAGCCUCGCCCCCCACUCGAAUGCGACGCGCGACCUGCGCGAUCAGCUUCAAAUGGAGAUGUCACGGCCUCUAAUAAGGGAGCUGCGUGACCGUUUGACCGCUGCCGGGGUGACGACGCCUCGCUUCUGGUGCACACGCGAGGUGUAUGGCCGGCUUCCUGGGUUAGUGGAGGUGAUUGGGGGCGCAGCCGAGCGCCGUCGCGCCAAGGCGCUUUUCGAUCCGUCCUCUGGCAAUUUCUGGGAGGGUUCGCGCUGGCAAGGGCAAGGGACUGAGUGUCUUGCUGCAAUUCACGUGCGCAUUAUCGAGGACAGCGACGGCGAUCUGCCCGUUCACGAGCCUGAGACGGCUUUCGAUGCUGCCGUUGGCGCCGUCUGCGAGCGCAUGAUUGCGGCCAGUGGGGGUAGCACGCCGCCGUCUCGGGAGCCGACGCCGGGUCCAACAAAGCCGGUGCGUCCGCCCAAGAAGAAGUCCGAUCAGCCCAAGAUCAAGAGCAAAAAGGAAAAGGGGCAGGCAAGCAGGAACCCGCUGCGUCCCGGCACUGUGUUCCCCGCCUCCUCGCGCCUGCCGUCAGGGCACACGUUGCGCACACUGCUUGCAGGCAUUCAGACGCGCGCAACUGUUCUUACCAACAACCGUGGGGCGGUGCUCAAGGUCAUGCGCGAGGCGGGUGUUACGGAGGGCAUACCAAACACCGAGGAGGCGGUUCGGCGCGCGCGUAUCUGGGUGGUCAACUCGUCAAGUCUGGCGGAGUGGCGUCGCAUGGAGGUUGAGGAGAGCAACAGACGCGUUGUGGAGGAAACGGAGAUUUGAGAGGUCUAAGGGGCAUUGCAUGGUCGGAAAUGGCCUUUGGUGACGACCAGGAAUCAGUGUACAUAGUCAUCUUUUGCAUGUAUAGAGCUUGCCAGUAAG